AUGAUUCCUCUGGAAGCGAACCCCCCUGUAUUCAGAUCGUAUUUGGAGAGGAUCGAUCCGAACACGAAGCUCGAUUUUGAAGACGUGUACAUACUAGAGCCCUUGCCAGGGGCGCCACAGCCUCUGGCGCUGAUUUGUCUCUUCUCGUUGAACGACCAAAUCAUGAAGAGGUACCAAACCCUCCCCCCAGCGGUUGCGGAAAGAAAGCCGGCUCAGAAAGGGAGUCGCACGGAAAGAGAGAGUGAGAAUAGUGGUCAAGCGGUGAAGGAUACACAAGAACAGGACCGGCCAGUUUGGUUCACUAGACAAUUCGAGAAGAACGCGUGCGGUCCAGUAGCCAUCAUGCACGCAGUUAUGAACAUCGCCCGUCCCGACUUGAUUGAUUGCGACAAGCUGGCGGAGUUCGCUGGCAAUUUUCAAAGUGGGUCGCAGGCAGCCAACUGCGACCUAGCACACGCCGGUCAGACGAAGCCACCGGUUAAUCUGGACGACGUCUCCGAGCACUUCGUCGCAUUUAUUCCAAACGAUGGACACCUAUACGAGCUCGACGGGCGCAUGAAUGGUCCGAUUGACCAUGGUCCUUGUGACGAUGAUAACUGGACCCAGGCGGCCUUUGAAACGAUUCAAAAUACCAUUGUGAACAUGGAUCCGAACAACUAUCGGUUUGUUGUGAUGGCAUUGACGCAUCACUAA